AUGGCUCGGCGCAUCGGCGUCAAGCGAUGCAGCAGACAACGGCGCAACAUCGUUAGAGCUUUCAUUGACAAGUUGUGGAGCAACAGCACCAAGAUCUCGCCCUAUGGCGACUGCGUACCCACCGCAGACUCACGACGUCCUCGACCCGUACAUCAAAAGCAGGCGCUGCGGGGCUACCGUGCGGGGGAGAAGAUCUACCGCUGGGGCGGUGCCAUUAGCGAGGGCAGGAUCAUGGAGGAAGACGACGUGGCCCUCUUUGAGUUCGACCUCGAUCGAAAGUCGGACGACCAGUGGAACGAGGCAGACACGAAACCCGGGGACGCCGAUGGCACCAGACUCGUGGGCAACAGCAACGGCAUCUCAGCAUCGUGCCACGGGUUGGAAUUCUAUGUUGGCGGCUUGGGGAGUAAUGCGUCGGAUUCAACCUUCUGGCCCAACUUUUCCACCCCAUGUGUCCUCAUGUACGACAUGGAAGACGGAUCGUGGACCAACAGCACCACUUUCCCCCUCGACGAGCCGAACGGUCAUGUGUGGAAUAUGGAAGCGUAG